AUGAAUCCUUAACAUACAAUAGGCUCAAUUGAUAAAAGCAAUGGGGAGGUUAUUGUUAAUGCUAAUGAAAAAUCGGUAGAAGGACACUUCGAAAUUAAAAAAAAUGCGACGUUCGCAGUAGAGCUAGCCAAAAACUAAAAUGAUAAUGAAGACUAAGAAAAUAAUUUACAAUAAAUUGACGAAAAAGACCUAGAAAAAAGAAAAGCUACAAAAUCAGCUCCAGAUUAUAAAAAAAACUAGAGUCUUAAAAGAAAGGAAACGUUUUUUAAUCCAAAAAAACCAUUUUUUAGCAUAGAAAUGGCAUAUCUUCAUGAAAAAGCUAGUAGAGUAUACAAAGAAGUGUUAAAUAAACAGUUUGAAAACAAAGCAGAAGAUAUUGAUCCAGAAAAUAUUUGCCCUUGCUGUAGCUAAAUAGCCUUAGGAGAUGAAUACCUCAUUAGUAUGAUUGGAAAUUAUGAAGAUUUAGCUCAUCUCGGCCCGGCUUAUCCUCUAUAUUUUUAGUUUAUGAUAUAUUCAAUAGGAUUUUUAUUUAUUACUUUACUUAUUUCGGGAAUUUAUAAUAUGGUAUAAAAUGAUUAAGGUUAGUAAUGCUAAGAAACUGAAUAAUGCAGAGUAUCUUUUGCAACUAAACUUGCUUAAUCAAACAGAUAAUAAAAUGAUCCUGACGCUACUUAAUCUUAUCUCAACCUUGCUACAUGCAUAGUUUUAAUAUUUUAUAUAACAAUUUUUAGAUUAAAGUAAGUAAAUUUUGCUAGAUAAGUAGAUUCUUAUGAUGUUUCAGUGAGUGAUUACACAAUAUUUUUUGAUAAAAUUCCUUUAAAUAAAAAAAGAAAGGACAUACAGGAAUUUAUAUAUUCUUAAGUCCCUGGUGUAAAAGUUAUGAAAAUUGUUUAAGCUUUUAAAUUAAAGUAAUAUAAUAAAUGGAAUGAGGAACUUGGAGGAGAUAUUAGCUUAGAAUAAUAAGAUUAAAUCAGAUAAAAAAUUUAAGAUUACGAAAAUAAAUGCUUUUAAGAAAUAGACAUAGAAUAGACAUUUGCAGGAGCUGCAUUUGUUAGCUUUGAAACAGAAGAUUAAGCUAUUAAAGUUUAUGAGCAUUUUAAAUCACAUCCCUUUAUUAGACAUACUAAAUUAUAUGAUAAAAAAAAGAAAUUUGAUAAUAAUAUUCUAUCUGUAAAUAGGGCACCUGAACCUGGAGAUAUUAAUUGGGAAAAUAUUGAAAUUAGUUCUCUUUCAAAGAUAUUAAGAAGAAGUGUUAGCAUCAUUGUUUCUGCUGGAUUGAUUGGCUGCUGCUAUGUGAUAAUCUUUUACAUAUAAGAGUCCCAAGAUAAUUUUAAAAGAAAGGAGAAAAACAAUAGUUUAAUUGAGGCAUACGCUAUGCUUACAUCGUUAUCGGUGCUACUUAUUAACUAGUUGCUCUAAUUAACAAUUGCAUAGUUGGCAAAUUAUGAAUCUUUUAAUUCAAAAACUCGCACUAUUAUAAGUGUUGCUAAAAAGUCAGGUCUAGUUCAGUUCAUAAAUACUACAAUAGUCUAGUUUUUUGUUAAUUUAUUUUAAAAUAUUCGAGAUGUAUGGGUUUAUGGUGGUUUAGUAUACGAUAUUACUAUAUUACUUAUAUACAAUAUUGGUUUACCAUCAAUUAUUUAAGGUCUGUAAAUUUCAUAAAUUAUUAAAUGGAUGCAGCAAAAGCUGUUUUUUAAAAAAACUGAAAAAGAAAAAGCUAGAUUGACUUAGAUACAAGUACAUGAUAUUUUUGAAAGAGCUUAAUUUGACAUUGCUCCACCUUUUGCAAGUGCUGUUAACACAUUGCUUUUAACAUGUUUUUAUGCUUAAUUGAUACCUUUAGGUUUAGUUUUUUCUAUUAUAUCACUUAUUUUGUAAAUGUUCACAAAUAAGUAUUUGCUGGUAAGAAGACUAAGUAUGCCAGUACCAUAUGGAGCAGAACUUCCUUUAGAAAUGAAUGAUCUGUAUCUAGAAAUAAUUAUUUUAUUUUUCUCUUUAGGAUGCUUCAUAUUUGAAUAUAUAUUGAAUUCAGAAAUUAGUUCUGCUGCUAUUGCCUAGCUUACUAUUAGUAGUGUUUAUUUUAUAUUCCCUAUAAACAAAUAUAUCAACAAAGUAUUCAAUUAGGAUUUAAAUUUUGUAGAAUCUUUAUCUUAUAGUGAUGCUAAAGUUCAAGGUCAUUUUUCAACUGACUAUGAUAGAAAAAAUCCUAUUCUAAAAACGGAAGCAAUUAAGAAGUAUGUAGAUUUUUCUAUUGAUAAUGAAAAAGACCCAUAAAAAAAAGAAUUUUUAAAGAAUUUAUUUUACCCAGAUGUUUAAAAAAGAUAAUCAAAAAGUAAAGAACCACUCAGUUUUGUUGGUAAGUUUACAGAAAAAUUCUUUGAAGACAAUUACAAAAAGUCUACUACUAAAAUUUAAAAACUCAAGAGUUUAAGGAUAAAAGAAUAGCAAAGCAGAUAAAGCGUGUUUUAAAACCAAUAAAUUGCUUAAGAAGAGAUAAAUGAGAUAAAUGAAAUUGCCUAGAAUUAAAACUAACAAGAAACCAGUCAAUAACCAAAAUAAUAAGAUAGCUUUUACAAUAUUUAAUAAGAAGAAACAUUAAGAUAAGAAGGCCAAUUAUAAAUUAAAUAAUAAAAUUAAUUACUUACAUAAAAAGACAGCUUGAUUUCCCCUUAACAAGAAAGCUAAAAUUUAAUAUUAAAAAGCAACUAAUAGCAGCCCAUAUACGAUGAAUGCAAUAAUGAUAUAAAGGAAGAUAAUCAACAAAUUUUAUAAUCAACUAUCUUGCAAAAUAACUUAAAAGAAAGUGAGCAAUUAAUCUAAAAAUAACCAGAUCUUAAGUCAUAAAGUGAUAAACAUUAAGAUGGAAAUAUUGAAAAGAAUCUACCUCCUAUAAAAUUAAAAGGUAGAGAUUUAAACAAAGUUGUACCCAUAUGA